GUCCCGAGGGUUUAAGACCUCCACCAUUGAAGUGCCGACUUCACUACUUUUUUGGUUCCCAAUUCUGCUCCAUUUCGAUCCCACUACUCGCUCCAAUGAGAACAUUAACAUCCAAACUCUUCUGCAAAACCUCACCGCUUCUCCACCGUCUCCGGCGAAACCCUCUCCCUCUCCCUCUCCCCUUCCUCCUCUCCGGCAAAACCCUGAUCCGAUCUAACCAUGACUAUUCUUCAAAUCCUAACCCUAAUCCUGAAACGCUUCCCUCACGCUUCCUUCAACCCAUCACCACAAACUCUCCUCCAUCUCCUCCAGCUGCCGAAACUGAAGAAGACGCCAACAUGAAUGAAUUCCUCUCCCGAUUCGUCUAUUCCAUCCGCGGAAAGAUCUCCGAAGCCUACCCGGACCUUCCCCGUGACACCCGCGACUCCAUGCUUCUUAUCAUAUGCCAAAACGUCAUCGCUCGCCUUGAUCCCGCCGCAGCCGCCUCCGAUGAGCCACCGAUCGAUCUGAGCGAGGAUUUGUGGAAGACGAUCUUGGAUGUUAGCGCCUCCGUCAACGAAGCUAUGCGGCGGGAUCGAGUCCGUGCCGAGCUCCGUAAGUAUCUCCACUGCGAUGAAGUCAAGCAGAUGUGUCGAUUUGCUGGGGAAGUCGGCAUCCGUGGUGACUUUUUACGGGAGCUCCGGUUCAAAUGGGCGAGGGAAAAGAUGGAGGAAGUGGAUUUUUACCGGGAGCUUGAGAGGAUGCGUGAGCAGGCUAAAAAGGAAGAAGAUAUGGAGAAGGGAUUGAUUGAGGUAUCUGAGAAGCCGAAGAUUACAGCUCUGCCGCAGAGGAAAGGUAAGAUUAGGUAUAAGAUAUAUGGGCUGGAUAUGUCGGAUCCAAAAUGGGCUGAGGUUUCAGAGAGGUUGGAGGAAGCUGAGAAGCACGUUGUGCCUGAGGAGGCCCGGCCGGUUGUGGGAAGGAGUAAGAGGGUGGAGGACAGGAUUAUGGAUUUGGAUCCAGUGAAGGAUGAUUUGAAGCCCGUGUUUAAGGAAUUUGAGGAAGCUCUCUCCGCUAAGAGGGUUGAUUGGCUUGCAUUGCUCGAUAGGAUCAAGGAGCAUAAUGAGGACUUGUACUUCAAGGCCGCUGAGCUUCUCCUUGACGAACAAACCUUCAAUCCAACCACCCGCGACUACUCGAAGCUAAUCGAUGCCCAUUCCAAGGCCGGUCGCAUUCAACACGCCGAGCGAACACUUAACAAGAUGCUGGAGAAAGGCAUCCAGCCUGAUGUACUCACAUCAAUUGUCUUGGUCCACAUGUACAGCACAGCUGGUGAUCUCAAUAAAACCAAGGAAGCAUUCGAAAAACUAAGGCAAGAAAACUUCCAACCAGACUUGAGAGUUUACAGGUCUGUAAUUACAGCGUAUGUGAAUGCUGGCAUGCCGAAACAAGGAGAAACUCUGAUCAGAGAGAUGGAGGAAAAAGGCCUGAAACCCCCAAGAGAAAUUUAUUUACAAGUGCUCAGAGCUUUCGCUGGGGGCGGUCAGGUCGAUGGUGCCAGGAGAAUUGUCUGCACCAUGCAAUUUGCCGGAAUCGAACCCGACCUGGAGUCGUAUAAGCUGCUCAUUGAAGCUUAUUCGCAAGCCGGCGAUCCCGAUCAAGCUCGAGGACACUUCGAUGACAUGAUGAGGUCAGGUAUAAAGCCGGAUGAUCAGUGUGCGGCGAGUAUGGUUUCAGCGUAUGGGAGAAAGAAUCUGUUGGAUAAGGCGGUGGACUUGCUACUAAAACUCGAGAAGGAAGGGUUCGAGCCGGGCAGUGCAACAAUUGCGGUGUUGGUUGGUUGGUUUGGCAAAUUGAAGCUUGUGGAAGAGGCUGAGUUGUUAGUUAAGAAGAUGAAGGAGGGUGGUGAAGAAGUUUCUUUGGAGGUUCAUGUGAGUUUAUGUGAAAUGUAUUCAAGAGCGGGGAACGAGCAGAAAGCUCGGCAAUCAUUGAAGAUUUUGGAAGGAAGAAAGAAUGUGAUGAAGGGGGAUCAAUUUGAGCGGGUUGUGAGUGGGCUCGUGGCUGGUAGGUUAUUGAAUGAUGCGAUGAGGCUCUACGAUGUGAUGCAGGAGCGAGGUUUUACUCUUUCGGAAUCUGUCAAGGUGGGUCUCAUGGCUGCUCAGUCGAUCCCUCGCCAUGAAUCAGCAAAGAAGAAAAUACCUAAGGAUGGAUGGUAGCGUAGAGCUCUUGUUUAUUUAUUCAGAUUAUGAACUAUCAAGAAGUUAGGAUUUAAAGGACAAAAAAAAUAAAAAAUCUUCGAGUAGAAUUACUUGAAGCGUACCUGAAUCCAUUAAAAUGCGGAAUUAAGGUCUUCGAUCUUUCACGUUUGAAGCGGCAUUCUCCAAGAGAGCGAGAGACCACUUUUUCACUCAAGAUGGAAAUGAGACUUCACCACUUAAACUAAAGAUCACGCCCCUUUUAUAUUUUAAGUGUAUAUAUUUUAUUUGAGUUCAUCAUUAAAAUAAAAUAAAUAUUCGGCA